AUGAAAGCUCUAGCAUCUGAGAUGACUGCUAACUUCUCUAGAAGACUAUUAAGUUUGGGUAUUACUGUUCGUGAAUUUACAGGUGAUAUGUCUUUAACUAAAGCUGAAAUUACUAGCACUCAAAUAUUAGUAACAACACCUGAGAAGUGGGAUGUAGCAACACGCAAGGGAACUGGUGAUAUUGCUUUAACUAGUCUGGUUAAAUUAUUAAUUAUUGAUGAAGUUCAUUUAUUACAUGGUGAUCGAGGUCCAGUGUUAGAAGCACUUGUAGCACGUACUUUACGACAGGUUGAGUCAUCUCAAAAUAUGAUUCGUAUUGUUGGAUUAUCAGCUACUUUACCAAAUUAUAAAGAUGUUGCUCGAUUUUUAAGAGUUAACUUUCAAAAAGGUUUAUUCUAUUUUGAUGGACGUUUUCGUCCAGUGCCUUUGAUUCAGACAUUUAUUGGGGUUCGAGGAAGUAAGACAGUUAAAAUGCAACAAGAAAUGGAUUCAGUUUGUUAUGAUAAAGUGCAUGAAAUGGUUCAAAAAGGACAUCAAGUCAUGGUGUUUGUUCAUGCCCGUAAUGCUACCGUAAAGACAGCUAAUGUAUUUAGAGAACUUGCAACUCAAAAAAAUCAUUUAUCUGAUUUUUUGCCUGAAGAUUCCAACCGGAUAGGAGUAGCAAAGAAAGCAUUUGAACGAUGUCAUUCAAAAGAACUAAGUGAAUUAUUGAACAGUGGAUUUUCUAUUCAUCAUGCAGGCCUCUUAAGAUCAGAUAGGAAUUUAGUUGAAAAAUAUUUUGCUGAGGGUGCCAUAAAAGUAUUAGUAUGUACAGCUACAUUAGCUUGGGGUGUUAAUCUUCCUGCUCAUGCUGUUAUCAUAAAAGGUACAGAGUUGUAUGACUCUAAACAUGGAACAUUUGUAGAUCUAGGUAUGCUUGAUGUUUUGCAAAUAUUUGGAAGAGCUGGUCGUCCUCAGUUUGAUACUUCUGGACAUGGAAUUAUAAUUACUCCUCAUGCUAAACUACAUAAAUACCUUUCAUUACUAACAAAUCAAAUACCAAUUGAAAGUUGUUUUGUGCAACAUCUUGUUAACAAUUUAAAUGCUGAAGUAGUUUUAGGUACAAUAUCUAAUGUAGAAGAAGCAGUGUUAUGGUUAAGCUAUACUUAUUUGUUUGUUAGAAUGCGUAUAAAUCCACAUGUGUAUGGUAUAUUACUAGAUGAAGUAGAAUUGGAUCCUAUGUUAGUUAAUAAAAGAAAAGAAUUCAUCAUAAAUGCAGCUAUGGCAUUAGAUAGAGCUCAAAUGUUACGUUACAACGAGAGAACUGGAGAUCUCGCAUCCACUGAUUUGGGACGAACUGCCAGUCAUUUUUACAUAAGUCAUGACAGUAUUGAAAUAUUUAAUCAGACCAUGGCACCUUUUAUGAACUUAUCAGAAAUACUUACUAUGAUAGCAAGUGCAAAAGAAUUUGAGCAACUACAAGUUAGAGAUGAUGAAGUGGUAGAGUUAGAAUCAUUAAGUCGCAAAUAUUGUCAUGUUGAAUGCAAAGGAUCAGCAGUGAAUAUUAAUGGCAAAGUAAACAUUCUUUUACAAACUUAUUUAGCUAGAGGUAGAGCAAAAGGAUUUUCAUUAAUAUCGGACCUUGUUUAUAUCUCACAAAAUGCUACAAGAAUUGCCCGGGCCCUGUUUGACAUGGUCUUACGUCGCAAUAAUGCCAUGUUAUCAUCGAAACUGUUGGAAGUCAGUCAAAUGUUUGAGAUGAGACAAUGGGACUUUGAAUCUGAAUUGAGGCAAUUUUCAGAUGUUCUUCCUUGGGAAAUUAUUGAUAAAAUAGAACAAAGAAAAUUAACAUUUAAUCAAAUUAGAGAAAUGGACUCAAAAGAGUUAGGAAUUUUAUUAAGAAACCAAAAUAUUGGUGCUGCAGUAAAAAAAUGUGCUAUGCAGCUGCCUUAUAUUGAAGCUACAGAGAGUAUUCAACCUAUUACAAGAACCAUUUUAAGAAUAAAUCUUGAACUUUACCCAGAAUUUGAGUGGAAUGAUAAAUUCCAUGGGAAAACAUCAGUUGCAUUUUGGAUUUGGAUAGAAGAUCCUGAAACUGAUCAUAUUUAUCAUUGGGAACAAUUCUUAAUUUCAAAAAGACAAGUUAUCAAAAAAGAAGUUCAAAAAUUAGUUUUUACAAUACCUCUUGUUGAACCACUUCCGUCUCAAUACAUUUUACACUGUACAUCAGAUAGAUGGCUGGGUACUACUUACACAAUUCCCUUAACAUUUCAACAUCUUAUAUUACCUCACAGCCAUGCUUCAGUAACAGACUUGCUUGAACUUCAUCCAUUGCCAUUAUCAGCUCUUAAAAAUCAAGACUACCAAAAUUUAUACAAGUUUACUCAUUUCAAUCCAAUACAAACUCAAAUUUUUCAUUGUUUGUAUCAUACAGAUAAUAAUGUACUCUUAGGAGCCCCUACUGGAUCCGGUAAAACUAUUGCUGCAGAAAUUGCUAUGUUUAGAGUAUUCAAUGAACAGCCUGAAGCUAAAGUCGUUUAUAUUGCACCUUUAAAAGCUCUUGUACGAGAACGAAUAAUUGACUGGAAAGUAAGACUUGAAGAAAAGUUAAAAAAGUCAGUUGUUGAAUUAACAGGUGAUGUUACACCAGAUAUUAAAGCAAUAACUAAUGCUUCUGUAAUUGUUACAACACCAGAAAAAUGGGAUGGUGUUUCACGAAGUUGGCAAACACGAAAUUAUGUUCGACAAGUUGCGUUAGUGGUUCUUGAUGAAGUUCAUUUACUAGGAGAAGAAAGAGGACCAGUUUUAGAAAUAAUUAUAUCCCGUAUAAAUUUCAUUUCAACUCAUUCUGGUCAGCAUACUCGCAUUAUUGCAUUAACUACUGCUUUAUCAACCGCUGCUGAUCUAGCUUCUUGGUUACAUAUCGGUGAAAUGGGUCUUUACAAUUUUCGUCCUUCUGUACGGCCUGUUCCACUUGAGGUGCAUAUUAGUGGCUAUGCAGGAAGAAAUUAUUGUCCUAGAAUGGCAACUAUGAACAAGCCAAUUUAUCAAGCUAUACGUCAACAUUCUCCUACUCAACCUGUUAUGAUUUUUGUAUCAUCAAGAAGGCAAACUAGAUUAACUGCACUUGAUCUAAUAGCAUAUUUAGGAGGAGAAGAUAACCCUAAACAAUGGGUUCAUAAGAAUGAUUAUGAAAUGGAUCAAAUUAUUGAAAAUAUCAGAGAUCCUAAUUUAAAAUUAUGCCUUGCAUUUGGAUUAGGUCUCCAUCAUGCUGGAUUACAAGAUAAUGAUAGAAAAAUUGUAGAAGAAUUAUUUGUUAAUCAAUAUAUUCAA